AAAUAUAAACAGCUUAGAAUGGAUGAACAAAAAGUUUUGGAAAACAAUCCUUUAAAUUUGAGAAGCAGUAAUUUUAAAAUAAAAGAAGAGAUAACAAAUUUCGACCCUGAUACUGAAAACCUAGAGGUAUUAGCAGAAGAGGGAUCUUCGCCUUUCGCUUUAAGCUAUGGAGAAGUAUUUAUUAUUGAAAAGCAGGAUGGUGGCCCUUUUUCGUGGUGGAUUGACUGUAAUGUAUGUCCACAUAGGUUCAAUAACUUUGAGACCUUUUUAGAUCAUGUUACUAAUACGCAUUUAAAUAAACAAACCAAUGAAAACCUUAAAACAGAAAUUGAACAUUUUUAUAACGAUAAUGCUAAUAAUAUAAAUGCUGAAAACAAAUGCUUUGAUGAUCCGCCAUCAAAUAAAUCUUAUGACGAGAGUGAUUCAGAAUAUAAAGUUGAUCCAUGCGAUGCUGAAGAUAGUGAUAGCGAUGAAUCAUUUAUGGAGACCUUAGAAGAAAAUAAAGAUAUAAUUAAAAUGACUGAUGAUGUCGAAUUGGAAGAGAAUGUUAAAAAAAAGGGAUUGUUACCAAGACAUUGUGAAAAGUGUAAUAGAACAUUUAAAAAACCAUCAACUUUGCGUCGUCAUUUAAAUGUUCAUAUGAAAAAGGAUAAUAAAACAUAUGAAUGCAAAAUAUGUCAUGAAAAAUUUUCUAAGGAACAAAAACGACUUUAUCGAAAUCACAGGGAACGUGCACAUAAAGAGAAAAUUCCUUGUUUAUUAUGUGAUAAAAGUUUUGGCUCAAAAUUUUACCUUGAGUCUCAUAUGAAAACCCAUACUGGUACCAAGGAUUUUAAAUGUAAUCGAUGUUCGGCAGCAUUUUAUUCAAAAACAAGUUUAUCAGGUCACAUUAGAAAAACACACUUGACACCAAAAGUUCCAUGUAAGUAUUGUAAAAAAUUAUUUAGGCCAGGAUCUUGUCUUGAAAUUCAUGAAAGAAUUCACACAGGAGAAAAGCCAUUUAUUUGUGAACAAUGUGGAACAGCAUUUCAAACAAAUAGUUUAUUACAAAAUCACAUCAAAAGACAUAAUAACGAUAGACGUUUCGAAUGUGAUAUUUGCGGCAAAAAGUUUUUUAACCAUACAUAUCUUAGGGAUCACAAAGUAACUCACACAGAUGAAAAACCAUACGGUUGUGAUAUUUGUAAUGCCAGGUUUAAUAGCGGUCCUGCAUUAAGAAAACAUAAAAAUUUGCAUUCUGGUAUUAAAAAAUAUCAGUGUAAGAUAUGUGGAAAAUCUUACGCUCAAAGUCCUGGAUUAUAUGCACAUAUGAAAUCUCACAAUAUUGCAGAAGAUAAGAACAUAAAUAUUCCAGUAUUAGCAAUUGAACCAAUCGAAGCAAUUUCCGUUUCGUGUAUAAUGUUUUGCUCUCCUGGAAUAAAAUGUGGUGAUAUAUAUUGUAUUGAUGAUGUUUUUACUUAUAACUGCUUGUUUUGCAACAAGAAUAUUUCUGACAUAGACGAGUUUCAAACACACUAUACCCAAAAGCAUAAACUAAGUGAUAUCAAAUUCGAUGUUGAUUUAUUAUCAAAAUCAUCCCAUAUUUUGCAAAACUCUUCUGCUGAUGAAUUGAAGUCCUCAUUUUCUUCAACUCUAUUGGAUUUAGAGUGUGAAAAAAAGGAUGAGUUUCAAGAAGUUUUGAAAGCAAAUGAAGAAUUAGUUUGUCCAGAAGAAGAAAGUAAAGAGGAAAUUUAUUCAAAUAAUGGUUCAGAUAUUUCAAGCGGAACUGAAUCGUUUCGUGUUUCUCAAUGUGAAAAAUCCGAGAAUGACCAGGAGGUUUUAACAGAAUUGAAAAGUGAAAAAGACGAUAUUAAAACUGAUAUAGGUAAAGUUGAAGAAAAUGUAUUAUCUGAAGAGACUGAGCAAGUUAACCGUGGGAGAAAAAAAGUUACUAAAAAAGAGAAACAAAAGGAAUUUCCUUGCGAAAUUUGUGGACGAAUAUAUCAAAGACCAAAAAAACUAAAGGCUCAUAUGGAAAUUCAUACUCCAGGUUUUUUAACUUGUCCCGAUUGUGGAAAAGUCUUAAAAACAAAAGUUAAUUUAAAAUCGCAUAUGCGAAUACAUACAGGAGACGGAUUUAGUUGCAAUGUGUGUGAUGCUAAGUUUCCAAGAAGGGGUAGUUUAACGCAACAUAUGUUGCGCCAUCAAAAUCCUAAUGAAAGGCGAUAUGCUUGUGAAUAUGAAAAUUGUGAUUUCCGUUUUGUAACUAGUUCAGCUUUAAGAGCACAUGAACUAACACAUACUGGAGAGAAACCACUAGUUUGUGAAUUCUGUGGGCGCUCUUUUAGAAAUAUUACAGCAUUAAAGGAACAUAUUAAAAGACAUACUAAUCAAAGAGAUUUUAAAUGUUCACACUGUGAGAAAAAAUUUUUUGAUAAAAAGGCAUUGAAAGACCAUGAAGUUGGACAUAUCGGUGUAAAAAAUUUUGUAUGCAAUAUUUGUUCCGUGUAUUUUCUUAGAAAGAAAAGUUUACGUUGCCAUAUGAAAAAACAUUCUGGCAUUAGAAAUUACAAAUGCAAAAUUUGUGGUGAAUCUUUUGCUUUAUACAACGAUAUCUCUUAUCAUAUGAAGAAAAAGCAUGGCGUUCAAUCAAUUUCAACUAAAACCUAAUUUAAAAUUCCAUUAUUAAAUAUAAAAUUUUAAUUAUUGCAUUU